GCACCUGAGAACCUGGUGCUCCCCAGGACAGAAGUCACAGAAAUUAUCCGGGCCCAGAAACUCACAGACUCCAUUAACAAAUGUGGACCUUCUGGCCUUACUAAGGACUUCCAUGUUUAUCAUUUUUUAAAAUCUAGUGUUAUACCUGCUGAUACUGCUGCAAUAAUUCGUGUUCUGGCCUUGCUUCCGUCCUUUCCAGUGGAGGAAAUAAUUAUAAACAAAGCAGCAGCAGUUCUGCCUCAGUGCAGGCUCCAUCAUUUGAAAUGCAUUGCUACAGCUCUUGUCAAAUGGAAUCAUUAUGACCAGUUGCACUGGCAAAACAGUUCUGAGCUAUGUGUAAAGAUUCUGCAAAAACUAAAUGACUGUGGAUUUCAGAGGCUUCAGAAAGCCAACAACUUAAAUCUUCUGUUGGAAGAACUUACACAUGUGAAUGGAGAGUGGUUUGAAGAAGUCCUCAGUGAGGAAACUAUGGCCACGUGUCAACGCUUGAUAGACCAAAUAACACGGGCAAAUGUGUUACACUUGGCUUUUUUUCUCAUAAAAGCAAACCACUGUUGUCCUCCAUUACUUGACAGAAUAGCUUCCGUGACUGUUGAAAAUAUACACAAGAUUCACCCCUUUGAAAUCUAUUAUAUUCUCUUCCUUUUCUCUGCUCUGAAUUAUGACCCUCCUACCAAUGAAGAGUUCUUUGAAAGUUGUAUCCAACAUCUUACUUCUGACUUGAGUUGUUUUGAAACUCACCACUUGGUGCUGCUUGGUUAUGUUUUGGCGGUGGCUGGGUAUUUUCCUCCAGUUCUGAUAAAGAGGAUAUUUAAUGUUUCUUUCCUAAGCAAACUGUAUACUCAGCUUGAAGUCCUGCCUGAUGCCCUGAAGCAGAGGGUCCGCUUGCGCCUUAUGAAAUUGAACAGAGCAGUCUGUCUGGAAUGCCCGGAGUUUCACAUCCCAUGGUUUCAUGAGCACUACUGCCAAAGUGUCUUUCAUAAUAGCAGUAGCCGAAUAAAUCCUCUGCGACAGCACGUUCACAGAAUGCUGACAGAGAUUUUAGGAGGGAGCAAUUAUGCAAGAAUAUCUGUUCUCACACCAUACUACUAUGAAAUAGAUUGUGAGUGCAUUCUGGAUGAAAAUAAAAAGCCUCUUUCCUAUAUGGCUCAGAAUAUACCUUUGGAUGAUGUGGAGGGAAUACACUUGAGACAUAACAUCAAGGAUGAAGGGAGAGAAGCUCUACCACCAGGAGCUCAGAGAAUUGCUUUGGAAUUUCUUGAUUCAAAAGCUUUCAGCAAAAAUUCACGUCACCUGAAAGGAGAACCUGCAGUGAGAAAACGACACCUGGAAAUGCUGGGGUACCGGGUAGUUCAGAUUCCUCACUUUGAAUGGAAUUCUAUGGUUCUGUCAACAAAAGGUGAACAGCUAGAAUAUCUGAGAAAGCAUCUAUAUGGAAUACAGUGA